AUGACCGAUGACUUCACUCCCCUCGAGAUCAGUGUCAACUUCCAUGCGGGCAAAGCUACCGUUCGCUUCGGCUUUGAGCCUAUUUGUGAUCUGGCCGGGGCUGAAAGGGAUCCUGCGAACCGGCAAGCAAGCGAAGACUUUCUGGGCAAACUUGGGAAUGACGUUCCGCUAGGUGUCAACCUGGUCUGGUAUCAGCACUUUGCCCAAGAAUUGUUAGUCGCCCGGAAAGUCUGCCAGCCAUCUUGGCCAAGCCAAGCCCCGAUGCAGGCUUAUAUCAUGCCACUGCUCAAAUCGGCCGAGACGGGUAUUUCCCCAAGCCACUUGAUCUUCGACUCUAUUCUGAAGCUCGACCGCGUGGAUGCCCCGCUUGCUCCAGCCCUAGGCCUGAUUGAGGCGUACAUGGCAUCGCACCCGGAAGUGCAGUCAGAAGCCGUGGCCUUCGACUGCGUUGACCCACGGGACUCGCGCAUUAAGCUCUACCUGCGAGUACCCCACACCUCCCUACGCCAGGUACUCGACGUCUAUACCCUGGAGGGUCGACUCAAGGACGAAGCUACCGUCGCUGGUAUCAAGAUCCUUCGUGAACUUUGGCCUCUCUUGCUGGAUAUAGCUGCGGACUACAAGGAUGAGGAUCCCUUGCCAAACAAGACCCACCGCACCGCAGGUUUCCUCUACAACAUUAAAAUCCGCCCGGGCAAGACGUAUCCCGAGCCUCAGGUGUAUAUCCCAGUUAGGCAUUAUGGGAAAAGUGACAUGGCAGUUGCACAGGGUCUAGCGACAUAUUUCCGUCGCCAGGGAUGGGAUAGUCUUGCUGAUUCGUAUCCAAAAGACCUUCAGUCCUUCACACUCGCUCGACACUGA